AUGAGUAAGCGAACGAGAGCAUGGGGAUGGUCAGUGACACAUCCAUAUCGUGUCUAUUUGGAAGGAGAUAUACGAGUGGAUAUUUUUGCCGAAACACCUACUACUGGAUCACGAUUACGGAAGAAUAAAAAGAAGAGGGAAAAGAUAGGACAUGUCUGGCUAAACACCAUGUUCACAUGUCCCGGUUCAUGUGGAGGAGGCUAUCAGCAUGGAGAUGAGAUGUCCCCGUACCCAGAAGGAGCGACUUCCAUUACCGAACGACGAACGUCAGCACCGUCAACUUCUGCUACGAACAACCAUGGUCCCUCAGCGAGCAGCCGUAUUCCACCGCCAUCGCCUCCAGCCUCUGGUACCGUACAGUUUGAAGAUGGUGUUCCUUGUUUGCGGCGGGAUGUGCAUGCUGUGUCGGCUGAAUGUGAUCGUUCAACACUGGGCUACGAAUUGAACGAACAACGAAAAUCGAGCGAACCGAUCACGCAUCGCAGAUCCUUCCUUCCGAAGAGUGGGUGUUCGAGUCGUAUAUACAAGACAUUUGCGAAACUAUACUUUACAGCUGUAGUCUUUACUGCUAUUCUGACUUGA